AUGCAAGUCUUAGGGGUGGAAGAGCCACUUAUGUGCAAGGCUUUUCUCCCUACUCUCAAGGGGCUAGCCCAAAAAUGGUUUUUGGCACUGCCAAGCCGUUCCAUUCAGUGCUUCAAUGAUUUAGCCGACCGAUUCCUUACUCAUUACGCCGUAAACAUCAAGCCGCAACGCAAUCUUACCGACUUGAGCGGAAUCAGUCAUGAUGAGGGAGAAGCUUUGAAGACGUAUCUGGCUCGCUGGCAAAAAGAGGUACAAACUAUCGAGGGGUUAGACGAGCAAGUGGCUAUCACCUUUCUCAUGGAGUUGCUCCGAGCGGGAAAAUUGUUUAUUGAUCUUCACAAUGAUCGCCCAAAGACAUAUGUGGAGGCUAUCCAAAGAGCCAGUCGUCAGGCAGACACGGAAGAGGCUGUGAGACAAAAACGGCAGCGAGAAGCUGCCGGAUCCAGCGCUAAGCGAUCAUGA